GCUAGUGGCGGGAGGAGUAAAGAUGGCGGCGCGGUGGUCUCCGCCUUCUCCUCCUGGCUGAAGCGCUCUGAGGGAAGCAGCGGCGGCAACCCAAACCGCUCCAGCAGUCCAGUGUGGGUCGUUUCGGCAGCCGCCGCCGAGGCCCAAGCAAUGGCGGAGCUAGAGCACCUGGGCGGGAAGCGGGCAGAGUCGGCGCGAGUGCGGCGGGCUGAGCAGCUGAGGCGCUGGCGGGGUUCGCUGACCGAGCAAGAGCCCGUGGAGCGUCGAGGCGCGGGGCGGCCGCCGCAGACGAGACGCGGGAGUCCGCGGGUCCGCUUCGAGGACGGCGCCGUCUUCCUGGCCGCCUGCUCCAGCGGGGACACGGACGAGGUGAAAAAGCUUCUGGCGAGAGGCGCAGACAUCAACACGGUCAACGUGGACGGCUUGACAGCCCUGCACCAGGCUUGUAUUGAUGAAAAUUUGGACAUGGUAAGGUUUCUGGUGGAAAACAGAGCCAAUGUAAACCAGCAGGACAAUGAGGGUUGGACACCCCUUCAUGCAGCUGCUUCCUGUGGAUAUCUCAACAUAGCAGAGUAUUUCAUUAACCAUGGAGCCAGUGUGGGAAUUGUAAAUAGUGAAGGUGAAGUCCCCUCUGAUCUUGCAGAAGAGCCAGCCAUGAAAGAUCUUCUUCUGGAGCAAGUAAAGAAGCAAGGAGUUGAUCUAGAGCAAUCAAGAAAGGAAGAAGAGCAACAGAUGUUGCAGGAUGCUCGCCAAUGGCUCAACAGUGGGAAAAUAGAUGAUAUAAGGCAGGCUCGCUCAGGGGCCACAGCCCUGCAUGUGGCUGCUGCCAAGGGCUACUCUGAAGUCCUCAGACUUUUAAUUCAGGCUGGGUAUGAACUCAAUGUUCAGGAUCAUGAUGGCUGGACUCCUCUUCAUGCUGCUGCACACUGGGGAGUGAAGGAAGCCUGCUCCAUCCUGGCAGAAGCACUCUGCGACAUGGAUAUCCGGAACAAACUGGGCCAGACACCAUUUGAUGUGGCUGAUGAAGGUCUUGUGGAGCACUUGGAGAUGCUCCAGAAGAAGCAGAAUGUGCUUCGAAGUGAAAAGGAAACACGGAAUAAACUCAUUGAGUCAGACCUGAACAGCAAGUUGCAGAGUAGACUCUUCAAGAACAAAGAGAAAUUGCUUUAUGAGGAAGAGCUACCCAAAUCACAAGAAAUAGAGGAAGAAAACAAAGAAUCCAGCAGCUCCAGCUCGGAGGAAGAAGAAGGUGAAGAUGAAGCUUCUGAGUCAGAAACUGAGAAGGAAGCAGAUAAAAAAACAGAAGCCACUGUCAACCAUUCCAGUCCUGAAAGUAAGAGUAGCAUCAUGGAGCAGAUACCAUCACCAACUCAGAAUACCUUCUCUGCCUCUUCUGCUAGGAGAUUCUCUUCCAGCCUUUUUAGCAAGUCUGAAGAGCCCAAAGAUGAAUCUCCUUCUUCAUGGAGACUGGGACUCAGAAAAACUGGUAGCCACAACAUGCUAAGUGAAGUGGCCAAUUCCAAGGAUGCUCUGCGGGACCGAGGCCUUUCCAUCUACCGUUCUUCAUCAAGCCCGAGGAUCUCUGCUCUGCUGGAUAAUAAAGAUAAGGAAAGAGAAAACAAAAGCUAUUUUAGUUCACUAGUUCCCCGGAGGCUCAACAGCACAAGUGACAUUGAAGAAAAGGAGAACAGAGAAUCAGCUGUUAAUCUAGUAAGGAGUGGCUCCUAUACCCGGCAGCUCUGGAGAGAUGAAGGGAAAGGAAAUGAAACCCAACAGAAAGUUGUUCCUUCCACCUAUGUAUCAACCUAUUUGAAAAGUGCUUCAUUUGGUAGAAGUAGUGACCCCACAAGUCCCUACAUUUCCGCCAAUCGCAAUUCAUCUUCUGCUACCUCACCCAUUACCAUUGGUUCAUCUACCUCUCGGGGCAGUCAGUGGCAACCUGCCUCUUCUUGUCCCGCACCAAUCAGUACAAACACUACUGCAUCUGUACAACCUGGCAGGACUCCUUACAGAUCACAGGCUGAUUCUGCUGCAGAGAAAGCAGCUGACAGUGUUUCUUCUGGUACCCCGCUCUGUGUCAUCACCAAUCGCCCUCCACCUAGCACUACCAAUGGGGUUAUUGCUGCUUCUGUACCCUCCUCUCCUGGAACGGACUCCUCUGUGGAAGGCAGGGAGAAGCGGAGGUCCUAUCUGACUCCUGUACGUGAUGAGGAAGCAGAGUCUUUACGGAAAGCACGUUCUAGACAAGCUCGGCAGACGCGAAGGUCUACUCAAGGUGUUACCCUAACAGACCUUCAAGAAGCAGAAAGGACUUUCAGCCGGUCAAGAGCAGAGAGGCAAGCUCAGGAGCAGCCUGGAGAGAAGCCUGCAGACACUGAGGCACCAGAGGAGAGCACUGAGAAGCAGGAGCCCUCCACAGCUCCUGCAAAGGAAGCUGAGGAAGGUCAGCAACCCCAGGAAGAGCCUGUCUAUCGUCAUAUGAGAUAUCCAGCUCAGCUAGAUAAGCCCACAACACCAGUAUCUCCUUCCACAUCAAGACCCUCAUUCUACUCCAGCUCCCAUCUGCUACGGACAAGCAGAUCUUCAGCCCUUGAUUCUGAGAGUUCAGAGACCACCACAAAUACUGCAACUGCAAAGGAAAUGGACAAGAGUGAGAGUAAAGAAGGAGAUUUUGAUGAUCAGUCCUCUGAUAGACUGUCCAUCCGAGAGAGGAGGCGGCGACGAAGAGGCACAGGCAUCAACUUCUGGUCAAAGGAUGAAGAUGAAGCUGAUGGCUCUGAAGAGGUCAAAGAAAUGUUGCAUGAAAGACUUUCUAGGUUGGAAUCGGGAAGUAGUAACCCCACAACCAGCGAUUCUUAUGGUGAACGGGCCUCCGCAAGAGCCCGUCGGGAAGCCCGAGAGGCCCGGCUGGCCAGCCUGACCAGCCGGGUAGAAGAGGACAGCAACAGGGAUUAUAAAAGACUCUAUGAGAGUGCCCUCACUGAAAACCAGAAACUGAAGACAAAACUUCAGGAGGCCCAGCUAGAGCUGUCCGAUAUAAAAUCCAAGCUUGAGAAGAUGGCCCAGCAGAAACAAGAGAAGACUUCUGACCGAUCGUCAAUGCUGGAGAUGGAGAAACGGGAGAGGCGAGCCCUGGAGCGGAAAAUGUCAGAAAUGGAGGAAGAGAUGAAGGUGUUAACAGAACUGAAAUCUGACAACCAGAGGCUGAAAGAUGAAAAUGGUGCCCUCAUCAGAGUCAUCAGCAAACUAUCCAAAUAGAUUAGGCUCCAGACUUUGGAGGGGAGGGAGAGCAUUCGCUGCCCCACCUUCUUUUCCAGCCAUGGCCUUCCAGCCAAAAGAAGUGAAAGGUUGGGUGGAAGAACCUUUUUUUUUUUUUUUAACUCUUCAGUCACCUCUGCACUGUACAUUUUCUCUGCACUCUUGAUUUUUCCAUGCCCUUCAUGCCCCACCCCAGAUUUUAUGACAGUUUUAAUUGGAGCAUGAAUGUGAUCCUUCAAGCCUUCUGGAGAAGGCCUUGUGGAGUAAAUGGAGCUCAGCUGUGGACCCCCCAACUUUCUGCUGCACUGCUGCUCUGUCUACCUUGGAUUUGGUCCAAACAUGCAAGGCUUCGACCCUCAGCCUUUACACUCACCUUUACAGUGCCCUCUGAUGUGGGUGAGUCUUAUGAUAGCCACUCCAGGACCCAGUCUAGGGUGCCAAGAGAAAGGGGAGGAUGUUGAAGGAACUGCUGGACUGCCUCUGCGUCUGUGUCUCCUAGGGUCUUAGGUGACCAUGUCUGCAUCAAGGUUCUUUGUUCUGCUUCACCCCAGAAACUGACUUAUUUUUAGAUUCUUCUGUCCAUAACCAGCUAACAUCCCUGACUGGUUUUAACCCUUAUUCCUCCCUUUCUCCAAGGCUCAGAUAGCCCUGACCUCACUUAUUCCUGUACUUUCUAUCCGCUUAUGCUCCCUUCCUCCUCACCGCAACUGAUAGUGUAAAAACUGGAACAGAACACCUGACAGUUGUCUUUGAGCAUUGUAGUAAAUCAUUACUCUGGAGACCAGAAAACCAUCACUAUCACUAUCAUCAUCCUGGUAACUUGGUGACAGCACCAUGAGCUCUUUCCCUGAAAAGCUACACCUUGUCCCUGACAAGCUAGAACCAUUGUUCACAUCUCCUGCUUGUCUUCCCCUGCAAAAUGAUUUUCUGUGUUAGAUAAUCUAGGCUCUGAAAACUCUGGGCUGCUUCAUCACCCAUCUUUGUGCUCCUGACUGCUCUGACACCUGCUAUUAAUGACAAAUGAAGUCAUUUCAAGAAAGUCUGAGGAAUGGGAAGGCAAAUGUUGGAAGCUGGACUGGGGAGUGAAGUCUGGAAAGACUUAGGUGGUGAAAGUAGAGUGUCUGUGGGCACUGCAGCCCUGUGGCUGUGCUGUGAGCGUGAUGGUAAACUUGAUUGUUUCUGAUGAUGAGACUUAGGGAAGAGUCAUUUGCUUAUUCUUAGAAGCCAGCAGGGCAGAUGACUGCUUAAUGGAGGUUUAAAGGGAUGCAGUACUUUCAACCCAUGAUGAGAGCCAUGGAAUCUUAGAGUGACAAGGCCCAGAGGUCAUUUGGCUUGGCUUUCUAUUGUUCCAAGGGACUAUCUCUCCUACCAUAGAUUUUACCCAUGGUCAAGUAGCCUCUGGUGGGUAUGUAUUUGUUAUUUGAAAGCUGGACAAUUCUAAUAAUCAGAGAGUUUUGACAGAUUGAACUUGGCCUCAUGCUUGCUCAACAAGUGCUCUACCACUUAGCCAUGUCCCCAGUCCUCAUCACAAGCUAUUUGUGCCCGUUAUAUCUUUUUCCUGCAGAUA